AUGCGCCCGCCUAAUAUCCCUCCUCCCAACACCCUGCCCGAGUUUAUUAUGCUAAGCCGGCGGCCGUUCGCUCAUGAGCACAGAACAGAAAAAAGGCCGUUCCUAAACAAUAAGGCAUUUGCGGCCGUGCUCUGGCACCUCGAUAUGGCCUUCUGGGCAAUCUGCGGCGCUAUUGCCCGUGAGGGUCUCAUUGUGCUCACGGGCUACGAGAGUUGGGGACCACUUUGGGCAAAUGUUGCCGGUUGCGUCGUCAUGGGAUUCCAUGAAAAAUUCGUCCACGACCCUGUGUACGCACCAAAAAUUGCCACCGGCUUCUGCGGGAGCCUGACGUCGUUCUCGUCGCUAAUUGUAUCCCUUUUUUUGUUCAGUACCACCCCUCAGCCCAAGUGGAAGACUGAUGGCUACGGAGUCAUGGCUUUCAUGGCGUUUCUAAUAACUGAGAUUUCAUGCUCAAUGGCGUCCUACUUUUUAGGACAACAUUUAGAAAUCUUUCUUCGAAGUUACAAGCUUCUGAUCAAGCCCAACUAUGUGAUUAUAGAGUACAUCGGAGCAGCACUAGGAUCGAGUGCGUGGAUCGCCUGUCUCGUGAUCUCAAUCACGGUUGAGUCGAACCGCAAUUGGCCUCUGCUGGCCACGUUUGCCCCAUUUGGUGUAUUUUUGCGAGUUCACGCGUCCAAACUGAACAGACCAGAAUACCGCAUUGGAACGUUCCUUGUAAAUAUGGUCGGAACGGUCCUGGCUUGUAUUUUUACUAUUCUCCAGCACCCCGACAUUGGUGCAUCUGUCCUUCAAAUCCAAGUCCUUAAGGGCCUCAUUGAUGGGUUCUGUGGGAGCCUCACCACCGUCAGCAGCUUCGUUGUCGAGCUGUCCAAGCUCCCGCUACCCCACGCCUACGCAUACGGAAUAACGACUUUUGGAUUAGGCUUCUGCUUUGCGGUAUUAAUUAUUGGUUCAUACGAUUGGACCAGAUAG